GUUGAUCAUCUUCAACCGUUUGGAGAUUUUCUAUUAUACAUAUUUUUUCUUUAACUUUAUAUGGUGUUUUAUCAUAUAGUGUUUCUUAUGGACAUAGCUUAAGAAUCGUCUGUUAUUUUUUUCACAGAAAGCAUGAAACUGCAGGGGAGCUGAUUUGUAUGGAUCCUGGUAAAAAGAUAAUUGAGUAGGUAAAUUCCAGGGAGCUUUUGUACAGUGGAUCCCCCUGUCAGUGGCUUUGGAGUCCCUAGUUUCAGUUACUCGUGGUCAACUGUGGUCUAAAAAUAUUAAACUGAAAAUUCCAGGAAUAAACAGUUCCUAAGUUUUCAAUUGUGUGGGGUUCUGAUUGGCAUGAUGAGAUCCAGCCAUCUUACUCCUUCCCACAGAGGGUGAGUCCUCCCUUUGCCCAGCGUUUCCCUGCUGUCUACACUAUCCACCUGUUAGUCACUUCACAGUCUGGGUUAUUAGAUGACUGUGGCAACGACCAGUGCGGUAUGUUCAAGUCGCCCUGAUUUUACUGACUUUUUGCCCUUUUUUCUCUCUGGCUCCAAAGUGCAAGAUAAGUGAUGCUGACAAUUUAGAUAUGCCAAAGAGAAGCUGCAAAUGCCUCCUUUAAAUUAAAAGGUAAAACUUCUGGACUUAAUAAGAAAAAAAAAAAUCAUAUGCAGAGGUUGCCAAGAUCUACUAAAAACAAAUCUUCUAUCCAUGAAAAUGUGAAGAAGAAAAAAGAAAUGCAUGCUAGUUUUGCUGUUGCCUCGUUUUUGGAUGGAAGAACAGAAACAUGUCCCACUGAUGGCAAUGGGUACUAUCCAUGGUUUCAGGCAUCCACUGGGGCUCUUGGAACCUAUCCCCCACAGGUAUGGGGGGGUUACUGUAUUUCUGGCCAUACAGUCUUCUACUGGCGACUUUAGGUUUCUCGGGAUCUUAGGCCCCUUUCUCUAAGAUGCAUCCUAGAGGACCAGAAAUGCACUUUAUUUGGGCUUUGCCUGCUUUUGUGGAAGGGAAGUUUACUAGACGAUAUAAUCUCGUGUUUUAAUUUGCUGUCUCUCCUAAAGGGAAUGUGGAGGGGAAAAAAAAAAAAAGCAGAAAUUGGAAAUAGCCAAUAUUUAUUUAAUUUCAUUCGAUUCUCAGGGGAACUGGUGAGGAACCUAAGAUGGUUUCCGCUUCCUAAAGGAAGAAUCCAAGGUCCAGGGAAAUAGCAACAGAGGAGUUCAAGACUGCCCCUGCUAGUCCUUCCUUGGCUACUCUCCGCUGUGAUCGCAGGAUAGCUUUCAUUUGCAGGAGAAUCGGGCAUGUGUGUGGAUGAGUAGAGAGCGUGUUGAACAACUUGCAACAUUUUAUGAAAUAUGCAUUGUCAUGGUUCCUUAAAAGGCUUUGCGGAAGCCGUUUGUCUUUACUAAUCAAGUCUUCACUUACACAAAAGUAGAAGUAGAAGUAGUUUUAGAAAACAUACUAGCAAUCUUCUAUUCCCUUGAAGACCAGAGUAGCAGAAAACAGGUGAUUUGCAUUAUAAAAUUGCACUUACAGAUUUCACAUUACAUUAGCCCAUUUGUGUUACGGUGUUUAAAAAAUGCAACAGGAGCCCCCACUGCAUUGUUCUCCUUUAAAAAUAGAUCACGUACACCGUAACUUUGUUUUUCUUAAAUUCGAUUCUUAACAGGAGAACUUUCUAUUACUUCAGAUGGAGUGAGGUUGCACUACUAGGAUGGAAGAAAGGAAUCCCUUAACUUUGGGGGAAUUUCUGUUCUCUGUUAGUUCCAAGACCAUUUUACUGGGGGUGGGGGAUGGGCGUGGCGGUCGGGGCAGUGGAACGCAGUCGCGGCUGCGCCAUCCCUGCACUUCCAGGCGCGCGGGAGGGACCGGCGGGGACGCGAGCUGCGGACUCUGGCGAACGCGGGGAGGCAGACACCGGGAGCGGACAACCAGCCGGCAGGCGUUUCAGCCUCCCAGCAGCCGGUGGGCUCCUCUCCUGACAGCUCCAGGAAAGGCAGACCCCUUCCCCAGCCAGCCAGCCCCGUGAGUCCGCGGCGACAGUGGACCGUGGGGUGGCUGGGAACGGCACCCUCCUCCAGAAAAACCAGAGACCGGCUUGGAGAGCUGAAGCGAGCGUCGGCGAGCAGGUCCGUGCAGACCCGGGCUUCGGGACCGCUGAGCUCCGUGGGGCGGCCGUGGGGGACGCCGGGUCGCCGGCUCCUCUGCCCUUGUUGAGAUGGACAACGCCUCGUUCUCGGAGCCCUGGCCCGCCAACGCAUCGUGCCCGGGCCGGGCGCUGAGCUGCUCCAACGCGUCGACUCUGGCGCCGCUGCCGGCACCGCUGGCGGUGGCUGUGCCGGUUGUCUACGCGGUGAUCUGCGCCGUGGGUCUGGCGGGCAACUCCGCCGUGCUGUACGUGUUGCUGCGGGCGCCCCGCAUGAAGACCGUCACCAACCUGUUCAUCCUCAACCUGGCCAUCGCCGAUGAGCUCUUCACGCUGGUGCUGCCCAUCAACAUCGCCGACUUCCUGCUGCGGCAGUGGCCCUUCGGGGAGCUCAUGUGCAAACUCAUCGUGGCUAUCGACCAGUACAACACCUUCUCCAGCCUCUACUUCCUCACUGUCAUGAGCGCCGACCGCUACCUGGUGGUGUUGGCCACUGCCAAGUCGCGCCGGGUGGCCGGCCGCACCUACAGCGCCGCGCGCGCGGUGAGCCUGGCCGUGUGGGGGCUCGUCACACUCGUCGUGCUGCCCUUCGCAGUCUUCGCCCGGCUUGACGACGAACAGGGCAGGCGCCAGUGCGUGCUGGUCUUCCCGCAGCCCGAGGCCUUCUGGUGGCGCGCGAGCCGCCUCUACACGCUCGUGCUGGGCUUCGCCAUCCCGGUGUCCACCAUCUGUGUCCUCUAUACCACCCUGCUGUGCCGGCUGCAUGCCAUGCGGCUGGACAGCCACGCCAAGGCCCUGCAGCGCGCCAAGAAGCGGGUGACGUUCCUGGUGGUGGCGAUCCUGGCCGUGUGCCUCCUCUGCUGGACGCCCUACCACCUGAGCACCGUGGUGGCGCUCACCACCGACCUCCCGCAGACGCCGCUCGUCAUCGCUAUCUCCUACUUCAUCACCAGCCUGAGCUACGCCAACAGCUGCCUCAACCCGUUCCUCUACGCCUUCCUGGACGACAGCUUCCGCAGGAACCUCCGCCAACUGAUAACUUGCCGCGCGGCCGCCUGACUCCCCCAUCGCCCGGCUACGCAAAUGCCCCGCCACCCCUGGCCCGCGCAGGAGGAGCCGCCGCCGGAGUGCGGGACCCGACAGGCCUCCUAGGCCUCCGGGGGAAACUGACUCGCCCCCCAACCCCCUACUUAGCAGACCGGAAGCGCUGCGGCUGCGCCCGCAGGUUGACCUUGCCCUCCAGGUGAUGCGCGUCCACGCCGGGUGAGCAGCACUGCGGCUGAGAUCGCCACGCCGAGCGCUACCUCACACAGAGGUAGAGGUAGAGGAGGACAGAGGAGGAGGCGGGUAUUGCUGGGAACCGCCCCCUCCCUGCCCUGCUCCCUGCUCCCCAACCCCGAGCCCUGGUCGUCUGGAACCCGGCUGGAGUAGGAGCUCUCUGCGCCUUCGAAGGGAGGCCCGAGGACGCUGCGGGCGCCCCUAGGCGUCGGCUCCGCGUGGCCCCUGCUGUAGCUGGCGCACAGCCCGGGCGGGUCACCUUGUCCUCCGCGCGUUCUGGGAAGAGGGUUGGGCGCGAGCGUUUGGCGCCCACCCUGUGAGACGCACUUGGCCUGGCGCCGCGCGCAGGGACCGCUGCCGAGGCCGCCAGCGUCUCUUCAACUCGGGAAAACACACCAACUCGGGGUGCCCCAUCGGGGUGCGUGUACACCCCUGUGUGGUGUGGUGUGCGCGCGUUUGCGGAGGCAUGAGAUUCGGGGAAGGAGGGUGGCGCUUGGCUGUGACUGCCUAGAAUAUGAUACGAAUAGUGAUCCUUCUUCCUGUGUGCCCCAACUCCUUCUUUUCUUUGUCUUUUCUCUUUCCUAUCCGUAAUCUCCCCUGAAAAUGUCUCAGACUUCCUGAGCAAGGAACCUGGAGUAGCCCGGGCGCGCGGUUCCGGCGCCCCCUGUAGGAGCCAGCGGCCGGGCGCUUAGCGUCCGAGGACCGCGGGGCUUUGUGGUGGAGCGCUCGGGCUGAGCGCGCUUCACAGCACUGCGGCGCACUGGUCAUCGCUGCUUCUAGAGGACGCCAAGUCCCACGCCCCAUUCCCCCAAUUGGCCUCGUCUCUUGUCUGACUUAGACCAGUUUGUUGUAACUGUUCAUGUGUGUACUGUUUUUCAGGACUGAAAACUUUAUAAAUAAAGUACAUGUCUUAAUCUCACGAGUUGCCAUGAAGAUCAAAUAAGAUAAAAAGAAAUGCUAUCUAUUCUCUUGUGUUCCCGUUCUCCUCUGUGCUUCCUGGGCCCCGCCUUAGGGACAGCAGGAAGCAGAGAUGACCGAUGGCUUCAGGUUUUUUUCUGCUGGACUUUUCACAGGGAGCUGUGGAUUCCUUAGUUGUAGACAGCAUCUGGCAGGUAGUCCCGGUAAACCGGGUAAAUACUGGUUCUGGAGGCACCAGGGAUACUGGCCAGCAUCCUACCUGUGUUUUUAUCUCUGCAUAUGGAAGACAAAGUGGAUUAAGAGAGAGGACUGGCACUGGGUUUGCCCAAUCCUCUGCAGUUUAGCCUUAGACAUGAGGGCCGAACCCUAGAACCCUAACCAAACUCUGGUCAUUGAUUAUGGUGUUUUAAAAGGUAUUAAUCUUUGGGAUGAAGUCCAAACAGGAUGAAAAUUUCUACAAAUGUUUGUUUCCUAUGUCAUAUGUGAGACAAAAUGUGAGUGUUGCAGCAGAUUUUGUUUGCUUAGUUUGGCAUCUUCAAUCAAUUUCUCAAUUAUUUAGGUUGAAAAUAGCUUUUAAUAAAUAUUUGGAAGGGAAAAAACGCCCCCUUGGAAUGGGGGGAAGCAAACCCCCUCUCUGAUUUUGGUGAAUGAGAAUUUCUUUCUUAGCUCUCAGAGUUUUUAGGAACCUUGAAAUAAUUCAUAGCCAUCAGUUUAGAAAAUAUACAUUAAAAAACCUUCUGUCUUGAGUGGCAAAUAAUAGUAAAUUGUUUAAAAGAAAGUUUUCAUCUGCAAUGAGUUUCAAAUGGUGGACCUCAGGCCUCUCUCUCCGGGCCGGCUUCAGAGGCUUCUUGGAAUUCAUUUUAGUAUCUUUUGAAUUUCCAGGAAUCAUCCUAUUGAUUUUCCUUAAAACUCUCAAAAUUAUAUCAUAAAUCCUCCGUAACUUUUCAAAAUUAAAGUUUUAAACUUAGAGUAACUUCUAGAUUUACCUAAGGUGAUGGACAAAGAGUAAGGUGAACAUUUGGCUACAAACACAGCCGGGGUGAUUGUCUGGAUUCAAUUCUCAUCAGUCUUAAUAAGCUCAGUAACUGGACUCAGAUGGGGGACAGCUGAGUGAUCCAUCUGUCCACUGUUUCAUCCCUACAGUAGAGUGACCUCGAGCCUUCUUGGAAUCUAUGGAGAUGACUGCUGGAAAAAUACACGGGCUGACAUUGCUAUUCAUCCCCAGCAAGGGAUGGAUUGGCUUCUGAGUGUGCCUGUGGGAUUAAUUAGGACUCGGUAGUUCAGUUCCUCCUGGGCUUUCUGAUCACUGGAUAAACUGUUGUAUCAUUAUUUCUAGGUCGUUGCCCUUCAUAUGAGCAUGUAGACUGUACAUCUCAGGCUUCCUUUUUAUGUCUUGGGUAAUCGGUUGAAUAAAUACACACACAAGCCAGACAAAAGUAGAAUUUAUUCACAUCAUUGUAUUGCAAAGGUUUUAACACUGUGUUGAAUUCUUGCAGUUUCUGUGUAAACUCUAUGGUUUGGUUUUACCACUCUGAAUAGUUAAAAAUGUCUAUUUGCUUUUACUUCAUUUAGUACAGUUACGUAAUGUAUAUGCUUAUGUUUUCUCUUGAUAAACGCAGAAACUCUAUAGUACAUUGUAGAGGAACUCAGUUUAAAAUAAAAGCUGAAAUAUUCUGUGUAA